AUGUUUGAAGUUGCUCAAACAAACACAAUGAAAAACUUUCGAUUUGCCGACUUUGAAAAUCAUAGUGCUUCUCAGCUGCCCUAUGGCAAAGCUCUCUACACGUAUGAGGGGAAGGAGCCUGGAGACCUCAAGUUCAACAAGGGGGACAUCAUCAUCCUGCGGCGCAAGGUGGAUGAGAACUGGUACCAUGGGGAGCUCAAUGGAAACCACGGCUUCUUCCCCGCCAGCUAUAUCCAGUGUAUCAAGCCUCUCCCGCAAGCUCCACCUCAGGGCAAAGCACUUUAUGACUUUGAGAUAAAGGAUAAAGAUCAAGACAAGGACUGCCUGACUUUCACCAAGGAUGAAAUUUUAACUGUCAUCAGGAGGGUAGAUGAUAACUGGGCAGAAGGAAUGCUGGGAGACAAGAUUGGCAUUUUCCCUAUCCUCUAUGUUGAGCUCAACGAAUCAGCUAAACAGCUUAUUGAGAUGGACAAGACAUGCUUAGCUGCCGCGUCUGGCUGUGAUGUCCCCUUGCCAUCUGACACCGCCCUGGCAGUCACUUUGGCGCAGUGCUCUACCUUAAACAGUGCAGGAGCGGUCAGUGCCAUCCAGAGGCACAUUGAGGGCAAGAAGAAUGCCAAGAAGCGCCACUCCUUCACUGCUCUCAGUAUGACCCACAAAUCCUCCCAGGCCAUGAGUAACAGGCACUCCAUGGAAAUUAGCGCUCCCGUUUUGAUCAGCUCGAGCGACCCACGAGCUGCUGCCCGAAUCGGAGAGUUGACUCAUCUUUCAUCCAGUGCUCCAGCCCAGGAUUCCUCUUCGAUUGGAACAGCCACGGUGGCUGGUCCCAGGACAAGUGCAAUAAUUGGAGAUCAGGGAACACCACCGAAGGUCCAGCUCCCCCUCAAUAUCUAYCUAGCUCUGUACGCCUACAAGCCUCAGAAGAACGAUGAGCUGGAGCUGCGCAAAGGUGAGAUGUACCGGGUCAUUGAGAAGUGUCAAGACGGCUGGUUCAAAGGCACCUCUCUGAGAAGCGGCAUGUCCGGAGUCUUCCCAGGCAACUACGUGACUCCCGUUUCCAGAGUGCCCGCGGGAGCCGGGCAGCCGCGCAACAACCCCGGCGGAGCGGCGAAAGGGGCGCCGGGCGCCAUCCACRCCGGAGGGACGAGUCACGCGAGCGCUGCCGCGGCCGUCAGACCCACGGCCCCCGUGCCCGCGCCGCAGGCGCACCCGCAGCUCCCGGGAGCCUCCCCGCAGCUGGGCAACUGCUUGAGGUACUCGGCGCCCGCCGGCCAGCCGCGCAGCGCCGUGCAGAUGGCUCACCCCGCGGCGCAGGGCCCCGAGCGGCCCACAGCCACCGUCUCCCCGCUGCGCACGCCGAGCUCGCCCUCGCGCCUGCCGGCCGCCACCGUGCGCCCUCACCCCGCCGUCUCGCCCCAGCACAGCCUGCAGCCGCCGGCGCCGGGGCUGCCGGGCGCCCGGCCCCUCAUCCCGCUGACCUCGGCCGCCGCCGCCAUCACCCCGCCCAACGUGAGCGCCGCGCACCUCAACGGCGACACUGGCAGCGGGCCCCUCGGCGGCAUGGCGGCCCCCGGCCCCGCUGCYAAGGCGGAGGAGAGGAAGAAUGAAAAGAAGGAGAAGAAGAGCGGCCUGCUGAAACUCCUGGCGGGAGCGUCGACGAAGAAGAAGUCGCGCUCGCCGCCRUCCGUGUCGCCCACGCACGACGCCCAGGCGGCCCUCGAAGGCGCCCUGCAAGGGGCCGUGGGACCCGAGCUCUCCUCCCUCUCCAGCCACGGCAGGGCCGGCUCGUGCCCCAUCGAGAGCGAAAUGCAGGGAGCCAUGGGCCUGGAGCCGCUGCACAGGAAAACAGGCUCCUUGGAUUUGAAUUUUUCCAUCCCUUCUCCUGCCCGGCAGCCCCUCUCUUCCAUGGCAGCUAUCCGGCCGGAGCCGAAGCCCUUGCCGCGGGAAAGGUACCGCGUCGUGGUGCCCUACCCGCCGCAGAGCGAGGCCGAGAUCGAGCUGAAGGAAGGCGACAUCGUGUUCGUGCACAAGAAGCGCGAGGACGGCUGGUACAAAGGGACGCUACAGAGGAACGGCCGGACGGGCCUCUUCCCCGGCAGCUUCGUGGAGAGCUUCUGAGGAGAGCUCUGCCACCCGCUGGGGCGAGAGGGGACACCCCCAGCACAGGGAGAGACAGCAAAGGGAAACCUGACUGAUAACCACUGCCAUUUUUAAUUUCCAAAGACCCCCUCCAGUCUGCAGCGUUGGAGACACCGUGCCCCGCUGCGCUUCUGAGGCGGCGCGCGGUGCGCACGGCGGUAUGUUGAAGUAGUGCCUUCCACCCGGAAUCGCGGAGCGAAAGGACGCCCCUGUGGACUGUACGUGACCUGGACUCCAGCUGUUAAUCCUUUGUGUAAAUUAUAGAGAAAAUAUCUUUAAAAGAGAAAAAAAAAAAAAAAAAGAUUAAGAGGAGAGUUGUUAUAUUGCUGUAACUUAUUUGUCAGAGCUGCAGUGUUCUUAUUACUGGCCUAUGCAAGAUGGAUUUGAGAGUUCACGGAGGUGUGCUAGGAAGCUCUUAAACUGGGAUUUUGCUUUUCCAGAGGGCAAAAGAGGGAGGGGAGGGUGGAGAAAAACCCAGGUAAGAUUUGUGCAUUGUCAUGCAAGACAGAAUGAAGAGUCCAAAACAUCAGUGUCAUGCUUUCUAUAUACCUCAAAGAUAUGCUGCGUGAGUUUGUCAGUAAACGUGUCAGUGCUCAGAGUCCCACGGCAGCCGGGCUCCCAGUGUUGCCGCUGGGAAGAUCCCGGAGGAAGUUUGGCUCCACUGUGCAACUGUGGUUAUUUGAGCAGAAUCCCUUUUGCCCGUCUUCUGCCCUUGUUAUAUGCAGCAUGGAUUUUUGUCCGUCAGUAUCACUUUCCAUCGCUUUUUUGUAUGACGUACCUUUUUACUGUAAGAAUUGUUAUACUUUAUAUAUAUUCCUAAUAGAUCAGACAUUUCCUCUUUUUCAUACAUCUGGUGCUAUUCUUUUUAACUGUUAAAGAUUUGGUCUGGUUAAGCAGAGAGGCUGCAACAAGAUUUGCAUUAAACCUAUGAAGCUAGAAACAUACCUGAAGAUCGAGAUCAGACUGACCGGUUCACGUUUUGUAGAGGAAAAAUAAAGAAAAAAAAGAAAAAAACAGAAAAACUGCUUGGUCAGUGAUAAAUAUACCUGAAGGAAGAUGCGUGUGCAAUAAGCACACGCUCACGCUCUCACGUGUAUUCAUAGUGUCGGACGAGCCACACUAAAGCACAGCAUUCUGACCAGAGAGUGAUAAUUACUCCAGAAUUGGAAGUAAUUCCCGGAGGAGUCGUUUUAAUUGACUUUUUCAUGGCAAUAAGAAGAACACUGCAGGUUCUAGCACACACAGGGACUGCGGAAAUUUCCUCUGUCGUUGCAUCACAGAGAUGAAAGCUGAGCUGCGACAGCUGUAAUUACUAUUAUCGAAAUGUGAUUUCUCACUGUAGAAAUGUACAGUUCUGGAGACUGUUCAGUUUCUAAACAUGGUCAAGCUACAAUACAAAAAGUAUCAGGCAAUAUAAGCUUCCAUCUACCAGGGACUUAAAGGUGCAAUAAAUGUAAAGCAAGUUCAGUCAGUUAUUCAUAUCGAGGAGAAUGAGGGGGAAAAAAGAAGUGUAAUUGUGGAAGUAUUUAAGAAGAAAUGAAUUCUUGAUGAAUGAAACAUGAUGAAAGAAUUUUCUUAGCUGUAUCUGUACCUUGCCUUUCCCAGGGGCUGGCUCUUUGCCAAAGCCAACAUGUGGUGGUUGUUUAAAAGCGUGUCGGAGGCACUGUAACCUGGAGAUGAUCUUAUUAAAAGGAAGAGGCCCAGUGGGUGAACAUCAUUACUGUGUUACCAGUAUUUCAUAUGUGAAGGUGUAAGUUCUGUUCCCGUUCGAGCCGUGCCUGCUAGGACAUGUCAGAACACAUAGAAGUGAAUGUUCCUAUUUAAGUUCAGCUCUGUGAAUUUGUUCUCUGUAAAAUAAGUUUCUUCUUGCUGUCACGUGUAACAAGCAGAUCCCAGAAACACAGUCCAUGGCCAAGCAUAGCACCUUCGAGCACGGAGGCAUUAUUUUCAGGGUGUUUCUUUUUAUACUUGCUGUUGCCGCAUUUGUUCAUAUUCCAGAUUGUAAUGAGUCAGCCACUAAAAGGUUUAGUUACUGGUGAGAGGAAAUUGCCUUUUUAUAACCAAUAAGAGACUGAAGAAAUGUCUUCWGCGACGACUGGUUUGAGAAUAGAGCCAUAUCUGUCCAGUUAUUUGGGCCAAAUCAGAACUGGUAUCACUGCACCCUGAGCAGUAAACUGCACAGUUAGCGAGUUAGCAAAGCCAAAAUGCGYGUUACUGAGUCCAAUAAAAAAUCCUGGGUUAGAUCUGUCAGAGACGAGGAGAUUUUUUUCUGACAAUUUACAGCAGUUAAAGUUCUCUUAAAAUUCUGUUCCGGGAGUGAAUUUACUACACUCUGCAAAGAUGGAAUAGGAUGAGGGCUUGGUUGCUGUCUAUUGUAUGGAGCCAGAUACAAAAUGUUUCCAGAUUUCCUUGUUUUAAUGCUUAACUCUAAGAGGACAAAAGUUGGUAUGGGAGAAGAUAAAGGGAAAAAACAGAUGCUCUGUCAUGAAAUUAGUGCUUUAAAACGUAUUUUUUURAUGAUGGGAGGAUAAUCAUUUUUAGUAGACAGCAGCCUUUCCGCUCAAAUCUCCUGUAAAGAAAAAGAGUGAGGGGCUCUGUUUUGAUAGCAGCUGUUUCUGGCCCCUGUUUACUGCUGAUUGUGAUAGCUUGGGUUAUUGAAUAAUCUUCU